CCCCAGCGCCUGGAUGGCCGGGCCCUGCCAAGGUCCGGCCGGCGGUCAGAUUCCCCCCACGACGUGGACCUCUGCCUGGUGUCCCCUUGUGAGUUUGAGCACCCCAAGUCGGACAGGUCCCCGUCGGCCAACUUCAGCCCCCGGGACAUGUCCAACAGCAGCGACUUCUCCCAGGAGCUGGCCAAGCCCCCGUCUCACAGGAAGGGCCCCCGCGGCCGCCGGUCCCACCCUCUCCUGGACGAGACCCCGCCAACGUCCUUCAGCGAAUCGCUGCCCACCCUCUCCGAUUCGGACCCCCCGCCCGCCAUGGAGGAGUGCCCUUCUCUCACGGCCGACGGUGGGCUGGACUCGGAAGAUGACGACGACCCAGAGAGCCUAGCCCAGGCCCGCGACCCACUCCCGGCCGUCCUGAAAGACCCCUGCCCUCUCCCUGCCCAGCCGGGCAUCUGCAUGGUGGACCCCGAGAGAGAAGGGGCCGCCAAGGCCAAGCGAGCCCCAUCGCGGGGGGCUUCUGCCCCUCCCAAAACAGACGCCCCCAAGGCCGCCGCUCCCAGUGCCCGGGCGAAGCCUUCCUCGGCCAGCGUGGGUGAGAGACCCCGGCUGUCGGCCCCUGGCAGAAGCGACCCCCCGGCCUCUCGCGCCAGCGGGGACAACCGGCUGGCCUUUGCCCAGCGGAACGCAAACACCCGGCCUCUCACGGCGGGAGGAAGAACUGCCACGGCAGGGUCCCGGCCCGGCCUGUCCCGCUGCCCUGUCUACCUGGAGCUGGCCUACAUCCCGGGCUCGGCCAGCGCCCAGAAGGUGGACGAGGACUUCUUCCGCUGCGUCCGCUCCCAGUGCUACGUCAUCAGCGGGCAGGACCACCUGAAGGAGGGCGCCAUGCGGGGCAUCCUGGACGCCCUGCUCUCCGGGAAGCAGCACUGGGCCCACGACACCCAGGUGACCCUCAUCCCGACCUUCGACUCGCUGGCCAUGCACGAGUGGUACGCGGAGACGCUGGAGCGGCAGCAGGAGCUGGGCGUGACCGUCCUGGGCAGCAACAGCACGGUGGCCAUGCAGGACGAGACCUUCCCGGCCUGCAAAGUGGAGUUCUGA